UUGCGUAUAUCAAGGCAAUGGGGAAUAUAUCUUUUUCAUAUUCGAUAAAAAUAGGUUGAGAACCCCUGUUACUGUCUGAUAAGUCAGUGGUAACCAAUUUACAACCCGUCAAAUGGUUCAUCAGGUGUAAACAACUGUGAACGAACAGAACGAAAUGGAUCAAAUAAAAAUCUCGAAGGUGGGGAACGUGAGGAUUUUAGAUAAAUAUAGUAACAAUCAUUCUGUUGGUACUCUUUAUUUAACUGUAACACAUCUUAUAUUUACAGAACGAAGUGGAAAAAAGAAAAUCUGGGUGUUAUAUACUCACAUUGCGAAUAUAGAGAAGCAGCCACUGACUACGACAGGCUCCCCAUUAUGUAUUAAAUGUAAACACUUUUUCAUUGUAACAUUUGUUAUUCCGAAAGAACGAGAUUGCCAUGAUAUAUAUCUUACUCUCUCAAAAUUGUCUUGCCCAGUAAGUUUAGAUGAUCUUUAUUGUUUUCAUUAUCAAGAGAACAAAGACACCUUACCGCAACAUGCAGGAUGGAAUUUUUUUAAUGUACAAAGUGAAUUUCAAAGACAAGGUGUUCCAAAUGAAGAAUGGUCUCUAACGUAUUUAAAUACAAAUUAUGAGCUUUGUGAUACUUAUCCAAAAUAUUUGUAUGUACCUAGUACAUGUGCCAACAGUAUCUUGAUAGGCAGUGCAAAGUUUAGAAGUAGAGGAAGAUUGCCAGUUUUAACAUAUUUAUAUUCCAACAAGGCUGUUAUCUGCCGAUGUAGUCAACCUUUAUCGGGAUUUAGUGCACGAUGUCCCGAGGACGAACAAAUGAUGUACAAUAUUUUGCGGACAAAUCCUAAUUCUAAAUAUAUGUACGUUGUAGAUACGCGACCACGAAUCAAUGCUUUUGCUAAUAGAGCUACAGGAAAAGGAUAUGAGAAUGAGAACUUUUAUGACAACAUAAAAUUUCACUUCUUUGGUAUUGAAAAUAUUCAUGUAAUGAGAACAAGCUUAAACAAAUUAAUAGAAUUACAAAGGAUGACAUCAAUGAGUGCAUUUUUAAGUGGUUUGGAAAGCAGUGGAUGGUUGAAACAUAUACGAUCUAUUUUAGAGACUGCUUGGUUUAUUGCUAGAGCAGUUUCAAAUGGAGUUAGUGUAGUAGUGCAUUGUAGUGAUGGUUGGGAUCGCACUGCUCAAGUAUGUUCAUUGAGUGCUUUAUUACUGGAUCCAUUUUACAGGACAAUUCAAGGUUUCCAAGCAUUGAUAGAAAAAGACUGGUUAUCGUUUGGACAUAAGUUUAGUGACCGAUGUGGUCACAUUAACUGUGAUAACAAAGAAUUAGCCCCAAUUUUUACUCAGUUCGUUGAUGCAACAUAUCAAUUGUUGCAACAGUAUCCCCAUAAGUUUCAAUUUAAUGAAUUUUUUUUGAUAACUCUUCAUGAUCAUGUACACAGUUGUCAACAUGGUACUUUUAUAGGGAAUUCAGAAAAAGAAAGACAAAAUCUCAAAGUAUCGGAAAGAACAUAUUCUCUAUGGGGAUAUAUUGCAAAUAAUAUGCACGAAUAUAUAAAUCCUUUAUACAAAUGCAAUCGUUUCAAUGAAGAAACUAAUCCUGUUCUCCAACCUAAAUUGGCUCCACAGUGCAUUAUUUUAUGGCGAGGAUUGUACUUUAGAUUUGAGAAUGGUAUUCAUCCGAGAGAAACUUACGAAGAUUAUCUUUCGAUAAUGCAUGAUCAUACUAGUUGUUUGGAAGAUCAUGUUAAGCUUCUCAUAAAGAGAGCUAACUCUUUGAGUUCAGUAUUGAAUUUAAAUAACAUUAAAAAAAAAGGAGUACAAGGAAAACUAAAAUUCGAUAAUAAAUACACAAUGGAUCCAUUAUCUGAAACCAUCAUAGAAAAUACACCAACUCACGAAGAGAAAGCAAAGUGUAAGAUAAAAAUUAGUCAGUUACAAAACGAAUUGAAAACAGUUUCCUUGGACUGGAAAUUAUUCCGUAACAUGGAAGAGUGUGUAUGUUCUACUACAUUUGACGCAUUUAAUAAAAAGGUAAAUGUAUAUUAUAACUUAAGAUUUAAUUUAGAAUUAGAAUUAUAUUUCCUUGCACUUUUUUUCAGCAUCACUGUUGGUCAUGUGGAGAGGUAUUAUGCACAAGAUGCAUGGGUGCACACACUAUUCUUGCUGGACAUAAUUCACAACGUGCAGUGCCUACUUGUAAGUCUUGUACACAGAAUUCCAGUAUUCCUUCUACUAGUCCCUAAAUUUAUUCCUUUGAACACUUAUUUAAAUUUGUAAUCUGUACCUAAAAUGUAUAUUAUUAGAUUAUAUAACAUUAAGGUAGAAAUAAGAUAGUAAUAUAAACUAAAAAAUUUGAUCUGAUGGAAACUAUUAAUAGGGAAUUGUAUAUUUCACAUUUCUUUUUUUUAUAUGUAUUCGAACCAAAGCAUGUCGAUUUUAAAGAAAAAGGAUAUAUAACAUAAGAAAGUAUUACGAAUAAAAACAAUUUUAUUUUAACGAUCCACCGCAAAUUGUAUUAUAAUAACUAUUCUUCUAAUAGUACACAAUCAUACUUUUUUAAAUAAGACUGUUUUUUUAUACUUCUAUUAUAAAAUAUGCAGAUGACAAAACGCAAUGUUUUGUUUUUAAGAUUAGAAACGGAGUCUCUCAAAAAUAAAAUUUAACUAUUUUACAUUUGCUUAUAUCAAUGUAAAUAUUAUAUAAUAUAUUAUAUCAAUGUAAUCUUCUUUUUAAUUUUACUUUCUUAAUGAAAAAGAUAAUAACAUAAUUUAGUUGAAUUAUUUUAAAAAGUGUUGAUUUUUUCAUAAAUUUAAAUAGAAAUUUACUUUGUUGUGUGUGUUGUGAACAUGGAGGAAAAGGAUUUUCGGAAUCUACUUGUUUGAUUAUUUUUAAACAAUUUCAGACUUAUCACUUAUAAAUAAUACAACAUAAUAUGAUACAUAAAAUUAUUUCAGUCACAUUGCAUACUUUAUUAACAUAAUAGCAAAGGAAUGAAACAUUAUUUAAGAAAAAUCGUUACAUUGAAUAAUAUAAUACAUGCCUAUGAAAAACAUUAACUGGUAAUAUUAAAUAACAAAUUCUAUAUGGAUUGUGUGUAAAACAUUAUUGGGCACAAGCGACGAACUUUCUAAAAAAGACACAUCAUCCGCUCUGUUAUACAGAAACUGUGAAUAAAUCUAUUCUAUUAUUCGUCUUUUUUUCUUAAUAUACAAUAACAAAAAUUAAAUUGCUACAUAGUAUUAAGACAUAAAUAAUUACACCAAACAUCAUUCUUACAAAACUGUUGUUUCUUCUUUUUUUUUUUUUUUUUUUUUUUUUUUUUUUUUUUU